AUGAGCGGGGACGUGGGGCCGGUGUCCGCAGCGCCCCAUCGCGGGGAGAUCGAGCCGGGCAGCGGGGUCCGCAUUGUGGUGGAGUAUUGUGAACCCUGCGGCUUUGAGGCGACCUACCUGGAGCUGGCGAGCGCCGUGAAGGAGCAGUACCCCGGCAUCGAGAUCGAGUCGCGCCUGGGGGGCACAGGGGCCUUUGAGAUCGAGAUCAAUGGACAGCUGGUGUUCUCCAAGCUGGAGAAUGGGGGCUUCCCUUACGAGAAGGAUCUCAUCGAGGCCAUCCGAAGGGCCAGCAACGGAGAACCGCUAGAGAAGAUCACCAACAGCCGCCCGCCCUGCGUCAUCCUGUGA